AUGGAAGUACAGUUUGAUUGUAACGUUAUGGACUCAACUGAUAAGACACACACACAAUUCCAGCUUCCUCUAAUGUCUGCAGACGAUACUCCUCCGCGUUUCUUUAAAGUUUUCAUCUCCAAUCACAGCUCAGAUUCCAUGAUGAUUCCCAUUUCCUACAACAAUGAACUUCCAAGAACAUUACCCAAAACAGCCACUCUCCAAGGAACUGGUGGAUGCAUUUGGAAAGUCGAGUUAAAGAGGAAGAGAGACGAGGUGUAUUUUGAAAAAGGAUGGAACAAAUUUGUUACAGACAAUUCUCUUAACGAUGGAGACUUUCUUACCUUUGUGUAUAAUGGAGACAACAUUUUCGAGGUCAGCAUCUAUGGUCUUGAUGGAUGUAAGGAGAUUAGAGCAGUCACUGAUGUUGUGGAUGUCGGAGAAGACAGUGUUUUGUCUCUAAGCAGCGAAGACACAGAACCUGAGAUGGUCAACACAAUCAGCAAGAAUAAAGGGAAGUCCCAAGUGGUGGAAGUUGAGGAUGAGUCUGAAGAUGAGGAAGACAGUGUUUCUACAGAUAGUGACACUUGUUCUGAAUUCACUGUGGCUAAAACAAUUCCUAAAAGCAGAAACAAAGGAAAGAAGAAAAAGAAAGUUGUGGAGUCUUCUUAUGAAGACAGUGAUUAUAAUGAAGAUUCUAGUGACUUGUGUGCAUUUAGUGAGAGUUCUAAUUCUGUGGCACUGCCAAAGCCAAAAGAGAAGAGGGAGAGAGUAACGAUCAAGAAGAUUAAAGACCCGGAGAAAUAUAUGGUUGAUCCAAAGAAUGUGUAUUUUGAGACAAAUGUGAAGAAUAGGAAAUAUGAGCUGUUGGUUCAUGCACAACUAGUGAAAGACUAUGACUUAAAGUUCAAAGAAAUGGUUUACUACAUUGACCAUCACAAGGAUGGGAAGCUACUAGCGAAAACAACGCAAUGGAAGGAUCAUCGCGUGUGUAUCAAGAAAUGGCAGUGCAUAUGCGAUAGGAACAAGUUGAAGAAAGGAGAUGGCAUAUUGUGUGAGCUUAAGCGCAAAGAGGGUUUCGUUUACGCUGUUAGAAUCCAUAUCGUUCGUGAAAAGGAUUUGUAAACAGAAUGAGUAGUGAGUAGUACUAGGAAGAGAUUGAUUACAUGAGC